UGCAGAACGCCAUUACAGGAUUUGAAGCUCGGAGUGAAACAAUGGCGUGCGCUCGCUCCCGCCUGAUUUUGUGAAUAUUCGCUGGAUUUACGGAGGCGAAGCCCUUCGGAAGGCGCCGUCAGGAGAGUGCGUGUCUUCGGCGUGAGUCUCGCGAGUGCAGUGUCUUCGGUGUGGGCGGAAAUCGCCAGUGUUUUAUUCGGAAAGAGGUUCUGGUGGUGGUGGUCCCGUCAGGCAGGUCCUCUGUGCGCUUGGUGGUGUAGUGUUGUCUAUAAAGUGAAGUGCUCUCUCUGUCUUUUCGUCGCCGCUUUUGGGAGGAUGUACAGCCCGACGACGCCCUUAUUAUAACGGCACGACACCAGCUUCGCCUUCGUCAGCCAUGUAUCCAGCACCUAGGCCCCCCGGAGCGGGUGUCCCAGGGCAAAUCUUUCACCGUCCAUCGACUUCCCAAGGGCCACCUGCUCCCGCGGGACCUGGUCAGCUCAAAUUUACUAUAGCGGAGACAUGUGAUCGUAUCAAGGAGGAGUUCAACUUUCUACAGACCCAGUACCAUACGUUAAAACUUGAGUGUGAGAAGUUAGCGAGUGAAAAGACGGAGAUGCAAAGACAUUAUGUUAUGUAUUAUGAAAUGUCCUAUGGCCUUAACGUCGAAAUGCAUAAACAGACCGAGAUUGCCAAACGGUUGAGCGCCAUCAUAGCCCAAGUCCUUCCGUUUCUGUCACAAGAGCACCAGCAGCAGGUGGCAACGGCUGUAGAAAGAGCGAAACAGGUCACUAUGACCGAGCUGAAUGCCAUCAUCGGGCAACAGAUGCAUGCCCAGGCGGGCAUCCCCCACGGCGCCCACGCCCCCACCCUGCCCAUGGCGCCCCACCCAUCCCUGCCGGGCAUGCCCGGCCUGCCGCCAUCGACGGCCGCGCCCCCCGGCCUCCUGUCGGCUGUGUCUUCGGCGUCGCUCAUGGGCCUCCCCGCCCAUCCGCUGUCGGUCCUUGGCAAGCCGGACCUGUCCAGGCCCGACGAGAAGAGGGAGAGGCCCGAGGACCGGGCGGCGGCGGCUGCGCUCCUGGAGGAUAGAGCGGCGCGGAACAGCACCUCCCCCGGCGAGAAGUACCGGCCCAGGUCGAGGACGCCGGACGACCACGAGGCCAAGAGACGCAAGGAGGACAAAGGGCACGACUCCGAGGGCGAGAAGAGCGACCAGGACCUGGUCGUCGACGUCGCCAACGAGGAUGCCAACACGCCGCCUCAGGCCAACGGCGACCAUAGAGACGUCAGGGAGAACGGCGAGAAGAAGUCGGACAGGCCUCCCUCUCAGUCGUCCUCCUCGAGGUCUACCCCUCAGCUCAAGCAUGAAAAGACCGACCCUCGAUCCACCCCCACGUCCAAGUCUUCUUCUUCAGGGGGUGUAGGUCCCUCCUCGGCGCCCCCUGGCUCCUCCGGUGUGAAGCCCCAGGGCGCCCCUCCCCCAGGGGGGGCCGCCGGCCCAUCCCCUCACUUUCCCUCCUCCCCUUACCUGCCCCCAGGUGCUGGUGGGCCGCGACCUGACCUGAUCCCAGGCCCGCCCAGACCUGAUCUCCCGCCCUCAGCCGCUUUUCCCCCUGGACACCCUAACAACUACCUUCGCCCUCCGGUCUCCGGGUACGACCCUCACGCAGCCGUCAGGGCACCGCCGUUGGCUUCCAAUGGGAUACCCACUAACGGCUCAGCUGGGAAACCGGCUUAUAGCUUCCACGUAAAUGGAGAAGGUCAGUUGGCCCCGGUGCCCUUUCCUUCGGACGCCCUUUUAGCCCCCGGCAUCCCGCGACACGCCCGCCAGAUCAACACCUUGCACCACGGGGAGGUGGUCUGUGCGGUCACCAUCAGCAAUCCCACAAAGUACGUCUACACAGGGGGCAAAGGUUGCGUCAAAGUUUGGGACAUCAGCCAACCAGGGUCUAAGAGCCCGGUCUCCCAGCUGGAUUGCCUCCAGCGGGACAAUUACAUCCGCUCCGUCAAGCUCUUGCCGGACAUGCGGACGCUCAUCGUGGGCGGCGAGGCCUCCACCCUCAGCAUCUGGGACCUGGCCACGCCCACGCCCCGAAUCAAAGCGGAGCUCAUCUCCUCGGCGCCCGCCUGCUACGCCCUGGCCAUCAGCCCGGACUCCAAAGUCUGCUUCAGUUGCUGUAGCGACGGCAACAUCGCCGUGUGGGACCUCCACAACCAGACGCUGGUGCGGCAGUUCCAGGGACACACCGACGGCGCCUCCUGCAUCGACAUCUCCCCCGACGGCACCAAGCUCUGGACGGGAGGCCUCGACAACACCGUCAGGUCGUGGGACCUUCGGGAGGGGAGGCAGCUACAGCAGCACGACUUCACCAGCCAGAUCUUCUCUCUCGGGUACUGCCCCACGGGCGAGUGGUUAGCCGUGGGCAUGGAGAGCUCCAACGUGGAGGUGCUCCACGUCAACAAGCCGGACAAGUACCAGCUCCACCUGCACGAGUCCUGCGUCCUCUCUCUCAGGUUCGCCAAUGCUGGAAAAUGGUUCGUCUCAACUGGAAAGGACAACCUUCUCAAUGCCUGGCGCACGCCCUAUGGUGCCUCUAUAUUCCAGUCCAAGGAAUCGUCUUCCGUCUUGAGCUGCGACGUGUCAGCAGACGACAAAUACAUAGUCACGGGGUCUGGUGACAAAAAGGCGACUGUUUACGAAAUCAUAUAUUAAACAAAAAUAAAUAAGUGCGCAGCGUGUGCGUGUGUUAUCUAACACGGGAACAUGUCAAGGACGCAUAUAAGUGAAGUGAAGAAGAAGCAGUAGUAGUUAGUAGUUAGUAGUUUGGCAGGAGGGCCAACCAAUCUAACCAGCGUCACUUCCCACAUUUUCCACCCACAGUGCCUGUGGUCGCUUGAACCGAGAGAGUUGACGUAGACUUGAACUAAGGUGAAAGUUGAAACGUACUUGAAAUCAGCCAAGACGAGUGAGCAAGAAGGAAUAAGAUAGAUCAUGGUGUCGUGAUACUUUUUUU